AUGCCAUACACAUCACCACGGCCCUCUCCCUCCAAGGAACGCUUCGAGACUGCCGUCACAUCCACAACAGUCCGCAGAGCACCGAGUGUCCGUUCGCGUUCCGUCCCAGCACUGAGUCUUCGCCCAGCGAACCAUUCAGCGAGCAGUAGCGACGACGACAACCCGUCACCCAAGACACAAUCGCGCGGUCGCUUCUCACUCGAUACCGAAACGGAGCAUAAACUACACGACGCCGUUGCGCAAAUCAAAGUCACGCGAUCGUUGUCUCCGAAUGCAUCGACUCAGGAUGCAGCGCGUCCUGCAACACAGACUGCGACCAUGUCAGAAACGCUCACAGUACCGAGUGUCAAGCCAAUGAUCCAAACAGCAACAUUGCAUCGUGUCCGUUCAAGCUCAAUGGAUCCACUCGGUCUACUGGUGCUGCCGCUACGCAAUCAUUCCGCUAUUGAAAGUGAUGCGGAUGAUAUGAGUCCCGGCCCGCGCCCACCUCGUAUGAUUCGCAAAAAGUCUGGUGAACUGGUGCGUUCUUCCCUCAAGCCAUUUGGCAAGACUGGCAAGCCACGACCGCAGAGUAUGCCCUCCACACCCGUCUUCCAGAAGAAUGUGCAUUUCGAUCGAAAGUUGGAACAUGUCAGGCACUUCCUACACAGUGAAAAACCAGCGGCUGUGAGUACCACCACGUCACCCACGCAAGAGUACAACGACCAUGAUGGUUUCCCCUUCCAUCAAGAAGAUGAACUCACCAUUGAAUUGCCAAAUUUUGUGCCGGAAGCUCAACAAACGGACAACCAUGGUGCCAUUAUUAAAGUCGAGACCGUCUACCUCUCAAGCGACAAGCGCAGCCUCAUCGGUCGUGUAGCCGUACGCAACCUUGCUUUUCAAAAAUACGUCUGCGUUCGCUAUACCAUGGACAAUUGGCGCACCACGAGUGAAUGUGCAGCGGAAUACACAAAAGACGUGCGCAAGAAGCAACGUGAAGAUGGCUUUGAUCGCUUCAACUUUGACAUCAAGAUUGACGACUUCUCCGGCGUUACGGAUAAGACCAUGUUCUUUUGCGUUCGCUACAAUACAAACGGUCAAGACUUUUGGGAUGCGAAUGGUGGCAAGAAUUUCAGAGUUGAGUUCCACAAACGGCCUGUCGCAGCGCGAAGAAACAGUGAUCCACCUGUUGUGCAACGGCCAAUCUUCAGUACUGCUGAGGAUGAGAUGGAUUUAUUGCCUGAUUCCAUCCAGCCAGAAGGUGCGCGUCAGUCACUCAAGUCACCGCGCUCGCUCAUCUUUGAGAACAUCUAUGACGAUCAUCCAGGCUCGGUCGAGGAACGCGAGAAGCCCAUUCGAUUCAAGGCGCCUCGCCCAAAAACGCAAGAUUCUUUCUCCACACGCUACGAUUUCGGUGCAAGUCUGUCUGCUGCGAUUUCAGCAGCCAAUUCAAUGCUACAAGGGUCAGGCAAUGAGAUUCAACCUCGCAGUACUGUGCAAGCGCGGGGUAGGUCUAAUUUCAACCCUUACUUUGCCGUAUCACCUGCACAAGUCGCUGCAGCUGAAGCAGGAACGCGCUCACCAACGUUUCCACCAGCUCUAGACUCAAGCGACAAUACACCGGCAUCCUCAGGUGAUGUCUCACCCGUACCUGGUGUCUCGACAACGAAACAACCAUUUGCAGAAGCCAAGUCGUAUCAAGAGCUCAUCAACAACUACUGCUUCUUUGGUACUGGCGAUGCACAGCAUGGUUCGCGUGUCUCGACCAAGGCUGCACCGUCAUCGACGUUAGCGAGUAAAGAAGGGACGGGUAGUCAAUUACGUCCACAUUCAUUUACCGCUUCACCUUAUGCCACACCGCCGUACUCGUCGAGUCCACCCAAUAAAGCUGUGGGUCACUUUUCUCGCGACAGUAACGGACGUGUCGCUUCCUCUGAGGAAGUCUCACCCAAUCUAUGCGCCGGUUACCUGUCGCAUGAUUCAGGUGCAUCCACACCGACCAUCAAGAUCUAA